AUGUCGAGCAGCUACAAGCAGAAGAAGCUCAAGACGUUGGCUACACGCAGGAAAACGCGUAAGCGUCACCUGAACGACGGCUUGACGUUCGAAGACGAUUCGGGUCGGUUGUUCCAGCCUCCGAGCUCACGGGAGCCACGAUGGAAAAAGCCGUCUGUGGAGACAGUGACGACGAGUGUUUUGCGCUCGAAACGGCAGAAGAAAACCGAGAAAAAACAGCGGCAAUUUGCUAUUGACAAGCACCAAGACGAAGAUGUUACCGACAACAUUGAGGUUGUCGAACAAGACCCUGAUUUUUGCUCUGAAGAGGCAGAGGCAGAACAGCUCGAAUUUGUGGCAUCGAGUGAUAAAGACUCGGACACGGAUGAAACUGCGCGUCUUUUUGCAUUGCCCAAGACGCCAUUGCGAGUGUGCAAGUCCCUCGAAGACGCAGUGGCUCAAGCGGCUGCAAAGCACGCGGAGAUCCGGCGUCAAGACGGUCGACAGAAGACAAAAGUGCUGCUUCUCGUUGACGCGAGGUCGAUAUUCAAGCUAAUGAAGAAGAAACUGAGCAUUCGACUAGAGAUGGUCAAGCCAAAGAGCAGACUUGGCGUGGGUUCUGCCAAGAAACCCGAGCUCGUGUACAAGAACACGGGACUGGUGAAGACGCCGCUGGAGCGGUUUAAGGAUGUUAACAAGACUGUGCUGACAGGUUACAAGAGCGGCAAGUUAUCGUCGAUCCUCGCAGAAGAUCUGUCGUUCCAGCCGUACGCUAAUUUCAAGGUCCAGCACGUGAUUUUUGUGGCAAAAGAGGCAGCAUCAGCUAUUCAUUUAGAUCGUGAAUUGCUUCGAAACAUCAAGCUCCAUACGUUCGUGAUCCACGACGACAAGAGCGCGUCUAACGAUAGUUUAUGGGAAGAAGCGGUCAAGACUCUGCGUCGAGCGUACGACGUAACAAGUGCAUAA